AUGUACCGGGGCCUUACCCCAGUUUACUGUGAUGUUCCCCGCUACACUGCUGUGGAGCACCAGGCAGCUGUAGUGUUGGGUGUACUGGGCUCCCUGUGGGAGAGUCAGGCUUUUCCUCAGCUGGUACGAACCGUCUCCGUUGGGCAGCACCUCCCCACUGCUCACCCCGUCCACCAGGGGAAGUCCCUCUGUCCCCAGCCAUUCCACCUGCACCGCCCGAGGGUAGAACCCUGUCACAUGACACGUGACCUCCACCUCGGAGUUGCCAUGAGGCAGUCUCUCAAACAGACUCACCCCAGGGACUUAAGAGAGGAAAAUUUUUGAUGAACACAUUUGGUCUGCGUUUCCACUGCAAGGGACAUCUCGACAUUACAAACAUGUGCUGUUUGUUUACUAGACUAGAGGAAUUCUGUCUGCAAAAUAUCACAUCUCGAAUAACAUACAAUACCAGUGAAAAGUUUGGACACAUCUACUCAUUCCAGGGUUUUUCUUUAUUUUUUUUACCAUUUUCUACAUUGUAGAAUAAUAGUGAAGACAUCAAAACUAUGAAAUAAUUUGUGGAAUUUCUUUCCUUCUUAAUGCGUUUGAGCCAAUCUGUUGUGUUAUGACAAGGUAGGGGUGGUAUACAGAAGAUAGCCAUAUUUGGUAAAAGACCAAGUCCAUUAUGGCAAGAACAGCUCAAAUAAGCAAAGAGAAACGACAGUCCAUCCUUACUUUAAUACAUGAAUGUCAGUCAAUACGGAACAUUUCAAGAACUUUUAAAGUUUCUUAAAGUGCAGUCGCAAAAACCAUCAAGCGCUAUGAUGAAACUGGCUCUCAUGAGGACCGCCACAGGAUAGGAAGACCCAGAGUCACCUCUGCUGCAGAGGAUAAGUUUAUUAGAGUUACCAGCCUCAGAAAUUGCAGCCCAAAUAAAUGCUUCACAGAGUUCAAGUAACAGACACAUCUCAACAUCAACUGUUCAAAGGUGACUGCGUGAAUCAGGCCUUCAUGGUCGAAUUGCUGCAAAGAAACUACUAAAGGACACCAAUAAUAAGAAGAGACUUGCUCCGCAUGUGUGGUUCCCACAGUGAAGCAUGGAGGAGGAGGUGUGAUGGUGCUUUGCUGGUGACACUGUCUGUGAUUUAUUUAGAAUUCAAGGCACACUUAACCAGCAUGGCUACCACAGCAUUCUGCAGCGAUAAGCCAUCCCAUCUGGUUUGCGCUUAGUCGGACUAUCAUUUGUUUUUCAACAGGACAAUGACACAACACACCUACAGGCUGUGGAAGGGCUAUAUGACCAAGAAGGAGAGUGAUUGAGUACUGCAUCAGAUGACCUGGCCUCCACAAUCCCCCGUCCUCAACCAAAUUGAGAUGGUUUGGGAUGAGUUAGACCACAGAGUGAAGGAAAAGCAGCCAACAAGUGCUCAGCAUAUGUGGGAACUCCUUCAAGACUGUUGGAAAAGCAUUCCAGGUAAAGCUGGUUGAGAGAAUGCCAAGAGUGUGCAAAGCUGUCAUCAAGGCAAAGGGUGGCUACUUUGAAGAAUCUCAAAUAUAAAAUAUAUUUUGAUUUGUUUAACACUUUUUUGGUUACUACAUGAUUCCAUAUGUGUUAUUUCAUAGAUAUUUUCAUACAAUGUAGAAAAUAGUAAAAAUAAAGAAAAACCCUUGAAUGAGUAGGUGUGUCCAAACUUUUGACUGGUACUGUAUAUAGCUAGCGUUCUGGGUCAAUGAUUUGGUUUAAAUCGAAAGGAGAACAUACAGUUGGAGUCGGAAGUUUACAUACACCUUAGCCAAAUACAUUUAAACUCUGUUUUUCACAAUUCCUAACAUUUUUACUAAUCCUAGUAAAAAUUCCCUGUCUUAGGUCAGUUAGGAUCACCACUUUAUUUUAAGAAUGUGAAAUGUCAGAAUAAUAGUAGAGAGAAUUAUUUAUUUCAGCUUUUCUUUCUUUCAUCACAUUCCCAGUGGGUAAGAAGUUUACAGACACUCAAUUAGUAUUUGGUAGCAUUGCCUUUAAAUUGUUUAACUUGGGUCAAACGUUUCGGGUAGCCUUCCACAAGCUUCCCACAAUAAAUUGGGUGAAUUUUGGCCCAUUCCUCCUGACAGAGCUGGUGUAACUGAGUUAGGUUUGUAGGCCUCCUUGCUCGCACACGCUUUUUCAGUUCUGCCCACACAUAUUCUAUAGGAUUGAGGUCAGGGCUUUGUGAUGGCCACUCCAAUACCUUGACUUUGUUGUCCUUAAGCCAUUUUGCCACAACUUUGGAAGUAUGCUUGGGGUCAUUGUCCAAUUGGAAGACCCAUUUGCGACCAAGCUUUAACUUCCUGACUGAUGUCUUGAGAUGUUGCUUCAAUAUAUCCACAUCAUUUUCCUUCCUCAUGAUGCCAUCUAUUUUGUGAAGUGCACCAGUCCCUCCUGCAGCAAAAGUACCCACACAGCAUGAUUCUGCCACCCCCGAGCGUCACGGUUGGGAUGGUGUUCUUCAGCUUGCAAGCGUCCCCCUUUUUCCUCUGUGGUGUCCAAGUCAACGUUGCUAAUUAUGCUGUGAUGAUAAGAAGUCUGCUUACACUGUUCUUUGAUUAUAAAGAUUUAUUGUAUCAAAGUUCACAGUAUUAAUUUACAGAUAUCUGCAGUUAUAUCUGGAGAGAAACGGCCAAUCUGUUGAUCCAAUAUGUUGUCUCUCUCCCUCCCUUUGUUCAGAACCUGGUAUUUAUAUCCUAUGUAACAUAAUAUGGCGUGAUUUUAAUAAACCAAUCCCCGGCUUUCACAUAUCUCCAAAUGUCCUCUAUUCCAAUAAACCUAUGUAGCAAUGCUUUUCCAAAUGCUUCAGCAAAGCAGAGUAAAGUUAAUCUAUUACACCAUUUGCAAACAUCAGCAAAAUCAAUAGACCUUCAGACACUACACCUCCAAACAUAACGAUGGUCAUUAUGGCCAAACAGUUCUAUUUUUGUUUCAUCAGACCAGAGGACAUUUCUCCAAAAAUUACGAUCUUUGUCCCCAUGUGCAGUUGCAAACCGUAGUCUGGCUUUUUUAUGGAGGUUUUGGAGAAGUGGCUUCUUCCUUGCUGAGCGGCCUUUCAGGUUAUUUCGAUAUAGGACUCGUUUCCUCCAGCAUCUUCCCAAGGUCCUUUGCUGUUGUUCUGGGAUUGAUUUGCACUUUUCGCACCAAAGUACGUUCAUCUCUAGGAGACAGAACGCGUCUCCUUCCUGAGUGGUAUGACAGCUGCGUGGUCCCAUGGUGUUUAUACUUGCAUACUAUUGUUUGUACAGAUUAACGUGGUACCUUCAGGCGUUUGGAAAUUGCUCCCAAGGAUAAACCAGACUUGUGGAGGUCUACAAUUUUUCUGAGGUCUUGGCUGAUUUCUUUUGAUUUUCCCAUGAUGUCAAGCAAAGAGGCACUGAGUUUGAAGGUAGGCCUUGAAAUACAUCCACAGGUACACCUCCAAUUGACUCAAAUGAUGUCAAUUAGCCUAUCAGAAGCUUCUAAAGCCAUGACAUCAUUUUCUGGAAUUUUCCAAGCUGUUUAAAGGCACAGUCAACUUAGUGUAUGUAAACUUCUGACCCACUGGAAUUGUGAUACAGUGAAUUAUAAGUGAAAUAAUCUGUCUGUAAACAAUUGUUGGAAAAAUUACUUGUGUCAUGCACAAAGUAGAUGUCCUAACCGACUAGCCAAAACUAUAGUUUGUUAACAAGACAUUUGUGGAGUGGUUGAAAAACGAGUUUAUUGACUCCAACCUAAGUGUAUGUAAACUUACGACUUCAACUGUAUAUACUGAUAGCGCAACACACACCUCGUUGAGGUUUACAAAAUGUACCAGUUAAUUGGUCCCAAUAAUAAAGUGUCUAGUGUGUCCUUACCUUUGGAUUCUCGAACUGUAACACUGAACUGUAGCAGUUUCUUCAGCCAACGGAUGCAUGCAGAUUCGUAAUGAAUGACCAGCCUAACAAGAUCUUCCAAAUCUGUUUCCCUUUUUCUUUUGUAAAAUACAGCAUGGGAAACUGCAGCUGUCCAUUUUCUGGUCGAUACAUCGAAGCUGACAAAGUCCUUGCCGUCAUAUGCAUGGCUCAUAAACGCCUCUGUGGUUCCGUCUGACUUCCAUCCACAGCGUCCAUGAGCUUGGUAAAAGUGAUCUGUAUGACACAUAAAAUGACCAUAACAUAUCAGCACCAUUUACUUCAAAUAUAGGCUACUGGUUAAAAGUAUCAGCUCACAAAGGUAGGCUAAUGGCUGCAACUAAGAAGGUAUGUUUUUGGUUAUUUAACCUCUGUAUAGCCAUGCAAUUGUCAUUUAGGCCUUCAGCUCUCUGUUGCACUGUCUUGGCACACAUAUUUUGUCUUACCAUGUGAAUGAUUGUAAUGUUCACUUGUUACUCUCACAGCCGUAUCCAUUACAUAUCGAUUAAAUUUCAGAUUUCGAUUAAGCUCCUGCCAGAAUUCAAUUCCCUCAGGGUGGUUUAACCAUUCUGGCAUCACGGCCUCUUGUUCAGCACUGCUGUUGUAGUAAUAGACAAUGACAUCAUCUAUCAUUACCAACUGGAUGUUUUUCGGAUACAAGGACCCUUGGGUUGUGAUGCAGUGGCGAUGAAGAGACUGAGGGGCUGGAAGACAACACUUCAAGUUAUCGUUUCUGUAGCCUAUUUCAAUAGACAACGUUAAGACAACAUUUUGUAGUGGUUGUGUUUGCUGGGUUUAGCCUGUUGAAGCCUUUUUUUUUUUUUAAGUAUACAAAGUAAAACUGCAUUCAGUUUGUUACACUAUGAUACAACUUGGUGAGACAAGAAUGCCAAAAACACAACUCAAAUAAUGAACUCACCUACGAUGGAGAACAUCAUGAAUGAAAUUAAAAUUGUGGUUAUCAUAUUUGCAAUAACAUGUUCUCGUUGGUGUAUUCAUAAACACACAAUGUGAGCUGAAGUGAAAGUGAAAGAACUUGUGUUGACAAGUUGGGAGGGGAGGGGAGCAGAGUGUCGAACAGGGCUGGAGCAUAGAGUUAGUUAGUGGACUCAUCUUUGUAUCUAUCCCAUUAUGGCGUCUGUGAGUGCACAGACAGCCUCAUUGAGGUUAUCUCCUUUUUGAAGUAGUACAUUUUCUUCUUCUUUCGAGUUUGAAAAAAGGAUAAAGCUAAUAUUGAUGAUUUACUGCCACCUGCAGUGAUGGAGUCCUGAACCAAAUCUUGUGUGUCAUUCGUUUAUUGUGGCCACUAGAUGGCGGUGAUAUAGCAGAAGCGUCCAUGCAGCAUCUGCCCCGAGAGGUAGGGGGAGAUGAACACACACAGCUAAAUUAAUACAGCUGCAAGCAGCAAUGCUGGGGUUCAGCUGUUGGCCCACAGUGCCCCAAUCAGGACAAAUUGGACACAUCGCCCCCUGGAAUGAGAUACUUCUCAAAUACAUUUUUAUUUUAUUUUUUAUUCGUCACAUGCUUUGUAAACAACAGGUUUAGACUUACAGUGAAAUGCUUACUUACUGUACUGUUCACCACAAUGCCAAAUAUCAGAAGUCAAAAUCAAACUGGUGAUAGCCCUCAAUGGCAAUGUCCAUGCAAAAAAAGGUUAUAUCCAUGAUGAGGCCUCUAUGGGCUGGAGAGACUAGGCUGCCAAGCUACAUCCGGUUUUUGUUGUUGCAGAGUUUGAUUUGGACUGUUCUACUGUAGGUCAGUGUGAUGGGUGUAUGGACACAACUUAAGCUCGGGGCCCUGGGUCUGAACCCCGUCCUGUGCAACUGGGUCCUGGACUUCCUGACGGGCCGCCCCCAGUUGGUGAAGGCUGGAAACAACACCUCCACUUCACUGAUCCUCAACACUGGGGCCCCACAAGGGUGCGUGCUCAGCCCCCUCCUGUACUCCCUGUUCACCCAUGACUGCGUGGCCACGCACGCCUCCAACUCAAUCAUCAAGUUUGCAGAUGACAACAGUAGUAGGCCUGAUUACCAACAAUGGUGAGACAACCUACAGGGAGGAGGUGAGGGCCCUGGAGGAGUGGUGCCAGGAAAAUAACCUCUCCUUCAACAUCAACAAAAUGAAGGAGCUGAUUGUGGACUUCAGGAAACAGCAGAGGGAGCACGCCCGUAUCCACAUCGACGGGACCGCAGUGGAGAAGGUGAAAAGCUUCAAGUUCCUCGGCGUACACAUUACUGACAAUCUGAAAUGGUCCACCCACACAGACAGUGUGGUGAAGAAUACGCAACAGAGCCUCUUCAACCUCAGGAGGUGGAAGAAAUUCGGCUUCGCCCCUAAGACCCUCACAAACUUUUACAGAUGCACAAUUGAGAGCAUCCUGUUGGGCUGUAUCACCGCCUGUUACGGCAACUGCACCGCCCACAACCGCAGGGCUCUCCAGAGGGUGGUGAAGUCUGCCCAACGCAUCACCGGUGGGCACACUGCCUGCCUUCCAGGACACCUACAACACCCGUUGUCACAGGAAGGCCAUCAUACUGUUAAAUAGCCAUCACUAGCCGGCUACCACCCGGUUACUCAACCCUGCACCUUAGAGGCUGCUGCCCUAUAUACAUAGACAUGGAAUCACUGGUCACUUUAAUAAUGGAACACUAGCCACUUUAAUAAUGUUUACAUACUGCUUUACUCAUUUCAUAUGUAUAUACUGUAUUCUAUUCUACUGUAUUUUAGUCAAUGUCACUCCGACAUUGCUCGUCCUAAUAUUUAUAUAUUUCUGAGUUCCAUUCUUUUACUUUUAGAUUUGUGUGUAUUGUUGUGAAUUGUUAGAUACUACUGCACUGUUGGAGCUAGGAACACAAGCAUUUCGCUACACCACCAACAACAUCUGCUAAAUAUGUGUAUGUGACCAAUAACAUUUGAUUUGAUUUGAUGUGGUACCAGUAAAAGACACCAAACUCAAGCAACCACUGGAAAUGGAACCACUGGAAACCACUCAACCUACCACUGGAAAUGCCUUUCACAAGACACACAGGACAUAGAUGAUUGUGGCCCAGUGCAGGUUAAACACUUCUCGUGCACAAACAUAAACAUUUCAUUUUGUGGAAUAACUUAACAAAAUACAUCAUGGGCCACGAAGUACAGUUUUAUUCAAUUUCUCAUAUGAAAACCACUGUAGCUGGAAACUAUACACUGGAAAUCAGAUAAUAAUGAACAAGUUGUAGGCCUACAUGUGAUUUAUUUUUAUUGACAAUGUGCCAUACAAAUUCUUAUCCACAUCAUAUUUGCUUGAAAUAUUGUUGCUUGUUUUUUUAUGUUCUGUCUAUAAAGCUAUGAAUGUUGAUGUACAUAUUGUUGUUCUGAUCAAUGCUUCAUAUGAUAAAAGUAUUAAUUACCAUACUGAGAAUUCCCAAGCCAGCUCCCAAACCUAACAUCUAAAAUAGAACACCUAAAAAUAAAACCUGACAUCCUUGUUGGUUUAAAUUUAGACUAAACCAAUAUUUCAACACAGCAUAGUUCAGUACGUCAGUUUUCCACAGUACUCAUCCUAUCUGAAAGUGUAUGACAUGUUUCUGACAAGUCUCUGCUUUAAAUCUCCCUGUCUUGUCAUAGGCUGAGGAUAGAAGCUACGUCAACCAAGACACUAUUUAUAGCAACUGAGCAACUUUCUCUCAGUUGGAGCAAAAACAGUGACGUGUGCCUGCAGUUCCUGGUAAGUGGUGGACUGGGUCAUGCCGUGGUCAGACUUGGAAGUCACAGAGGAGGUCUCUCUGACUGCUCCUCCUCUCUUCCACAACAGACCAACAACGUCAGAAACAAUAGACAGCCAAUCACUGUUAAGAUACUGGCCCUCCAGUAGCUGGACCGGGUCUUGGGAACUGUGGACAUAGAUAUAAAGAGAAAACAGGUCAUUUCAAAGUGUUGGUCAUUUCAAAGUGACGUCCUAAAUAAUCAUUUUACCCUGAGGUGAGCGUAGGUUACACUUUUAUAUAGGAUAUUCCUCGUAGGUAACAGUCCAUUCCUUACUCAACAAACAAAUGGAAAGAUAACACAAAGGCAUGUUCCCCAGUACCGGUGCCUUACCCCAGUUUACUGUGAUGUUCCCCGCUACACUGCUGUGGAGCACCAGGCAGCUGUAGUGUUGGGUGUACUGGGCUCCCUGUGGGAGAGUCAGGCUUUUCCUCAGCUGGUACGAACCAUCUCCGUUGGGCAGCACCUCCCCACUGCUCACCCCGUCCACCAGGGGAAGCCCCUCUGUCCCCAGCCAUUCCACCUGCACCGCCCGAGGGUAGAACCCUGUCACAUGACACGUGACCUCCACCUUGGAGGGUAUCCGUAGGCCUCUGCUCUCAAUAACACCCACCUCAGGGACUGAGAGAAGACCAGGUGUGAUCAAGCCACCUCAACGUUCAUUGUGUUGUCAACAUUGUCUCUACCACUGACACAUUGACCGCUGACAUAAUUAGCAUUUGAAGAAUACUAUACUGUCUGACUGUAUGUCUGUCUACCUUUUUUGUCGUGGAUCCAAGGUGCGUACUUCAAAAUGGUCUUUAGCCUUUCGAUGCACUCAUAGUUGUAGUAGUAGUAAAGGUUCUCCAGAUCAAAUGCUCUGUUGGCUCUGCACUUCACCAAGUGGACAGCUUGAGGGACUGCAGCCGCCCAGGUCCUGGCUGGGAUGUCAAAGGUCACAAAGUCCUUCCCGUUGUAGCCAUGGCUGACAGAGGUGUGCAUUGUACCAUCAGGGUUCAGUUGGCAGUAGCCGUGAGUUUGGUAAAGCCGAGCCUGAGGAGGGGAAGCUUCAGGAAAUAGAAUAAGUAUCAUAUUUGUGGAGUUCAGGAGUGUAUGCUAAGGUGUAAAUCAAAUCAAAUCAAAUCCAAUUUUAUUGGUCACAUGCGCCGAAUACAACAGGUGCAGACAUUACAGUGAAAUGCUUACUUGUAAGUACGGUUUAUUAGGUUUCUAUGAAAUUGAAAGAAUAGAGAUUUAAAAAAUUGUGAUUUUGUAAAUAAAUAGAUUGUAAUCAUUCUAAUAUAAUGGAUAUACAAAUGCAUUGAGUUGACAGCACUCACCUGUAAGGUUAUCAUGCUGCCCAAUCGUAUUCAAGGUGGUAACCAAAAACCUGCGAAUCAUUCUGGAGACGAAGUUCAUUCGCCUCCAAUGAGAGGGACCCUCGUUGCUGCUGAGCCAAUCAGGUAUUGGGGCGUCAGCGUCCAUGUGCAUGGUGUUACUGUCAUACUGGAGGAUGGUUCUGUCAUCUACACUCCACGACCCCAUGAACUCUGGCAGACCUGCUACACCCUCUGACCCUAUGUGAUGUAGGUGGAGGACCUGAGCAUCUGCAAAACAACACAACAUGCAGAGAUAAUAUUUAAUUUCAAAUAUUUAUGCAAAGAUAUGGUUAAUAUGAUUAAUAUACAGUAAAUAGGUAAAGAAUAUCUGUCAUGUAAAUGUCCUUAAGUACACUCACCUGCAUAUAGUAUGGUAUGGCUGCAAAGCAGAGCCCAAAUCAAGAUACACUUCAUCUCAAGAUAGAUGUGUAAACCUUGAGUGUGAAGAGAUUAGGUUCUAUUCACACUUUUGUUUCUGUGGGUUUGUUGUCACAGCCUGAUUACCUUGCUGUACAACACACGGAUUGGUCUCUUGCAAAGAUUGCAUCACAGACACAGAGUGGCAUGUCAGUUUACCUAAUACACGUACAGCAGACAGGUUUAACAAGUUAGGAAUGUCACCUUCAUUUCUGUCAGGAAUCAUGCUCGCACUGUUAAACAUAACCAAUAGCAAAAAACAAAGCCCUUUUGUUUUCAAUGACAUUUAACUUUAUCAGUGCAAGGAGAUGGAAUUCAAUUCCUCCCUAUUUGUACAUUUGAUUGUUUUGAAGCCUAAGUAGAUUAUGUAAGUUAAUCAUAACUCAUCAUGCUAACUUAUUACAUUUACAUUUUCGUCAUUUAGCAAACGCUCUUAUCCAGAGCGACUUACAAAUUGGUGCAUUCACCUUAUGAUAGCCAGUGGGACAACCACUUUACAAUAUUAUUAUUAUUAUUUAUUUUUUAUUUUAUUUUUUAUUUGGGGUGGGGAAAGGGGGGGUAGAAGGAUUACUUUAUCCUAUCCCAGGUAUUCCUUAAAGAGGUGGGGUUUCAAGUGUCUCCGGAAGGUGGUGAGUGACUCCGCUGUCCUGGCGUCGUGAGGGAGCUUGUUCCACCAUUGGGGUGCCAGAGCAGUGAACAGUUUUGACUGGGCUGAGCGGGAACUGUGCUUCCGCAGAGGUAGGGGGGCCAGCAGGCCAGAGGUGGAUGAACGCAAUGCCCUCGUUUGGGUGUAGGGACUGAUCAGAGCCUGAAGGUACGGAGGUGCCGUUCCCCUCACAGCUCCGUAGGCAAGCACCAUGGUCUUGUAGCAGAUGCUGGCUUCAACUGGAAGCCAGUGGAGUGUGCGGAGGAGCGGGGUGACGUGAGAGAACUUGGGAAGGUUGAACACCAGACGGGCUGCGGCGUUCUGGAUGAGUUGUAGGGGUUUAAUGGCACAGGCAGGGAGCCCAGCCAACAGCGAGUUGCAGUAAUUCAGACGGGAGAUGACAAGUGCCUGGAUUAGGACCUGUGCCGCUUCCUGUGUAAGGCAGGGUCGUACUCUGCGAAUGUUGUAGAGCAUGAACCUACAGAAUCGGGUCACCGCCUUGAUGUUAGCGGAGAACGACAGGGUGUUGUCCAGGGUCACGCCAAGGCUCUUUGCACUCUGGGAGGAGGAGUUGUCAACCGUGAUGGCGAGAUCAUGGAACGGGCAGUCCUUCCCCAGGAGGAAGAGUAGCUCCAUCUUGCCGAGGUUCAGCUUGAGGUGGUGAUCCGUCAUCCAAACUGAUAUGUCUGUCAGACAUGCAGAGAUGCGAUUCGCCACCUGGUUAUCAGAAGGGGGAAAGGAGAAGAUUAAUUGUGUGUCGUCUGUGUAGCAAUGAUAGGAGAGGCCAUGUGAGAAUAUGACAGAGCCAAGUGACUUGGUCUAUAGCGAGAAUAGGAGAGGGCCUAGAACUGAGCCCUGGGGGACACCAGUGGUGAGAGCACGUGGUGCGGAGACAGGUUCUCGCCACGCCACCUGGUAGGAGCGACCUGUCAGGUAGGACGCAAUCCAAGAGUGAGCCGCGCCGGAGAUGCGCAACUUGGAGAGGGUGGAGAGGAGGAUCUGAUGGUUCACAGUAUCAAAGGCAGCAGAUAGAUCUAGAAGGACGAGAGCAGAGGAGAGAGAGUUAGCUUUAGCAGUGCGGAGAGCCUCCGUGACACAGAGAAGAGCAGUCUCAGUUGAAUGACCAGUCUUGAAACCUGACUGGUUUGGAUCAAGAAGGUCAUUCUGAGAGAGAUAGCAAGAGAGUUGGCUAAAGACGGCACGCUCAAGAGUUUUGGAGAGAAAAGAAAGAAGGGAUACUGGUCUGUAGUUGUUGACAUCGGAGGGAUCGAGUGUAGGUUUUUUGAGAAGGGGUGCAACUCUCGCUCUCUUGAAGACGGAAGGGACAUAGCCAGCGGUCAAGGAUGAGUUGAUGAGCGAGGUGAGGUAAGGGAGAAGGUCUCCGGAAAUGGUCUGGAGAAGAGAGGAGGGGAUAGGGUCAAGAGGGCAGGUUGUUGGGCGGCCGGCCGUCACAAGUCGCAAGAUUUCAUCUGGAGAGAGAGGGGAGAAAGAAGUCAAAGCAUAGGGUAGGGCAGUGUGAGCAGGACCAGCGGUGUCAUUUGACUUAACAAACGAGAAUCGGAUGUCGUCAACCUUCUUUUAAAAAUGGUUGACGAAGUCAUCCACAGAGAGGGAGGGGGGGAGGGGGAGGAGGAUUCAGCAGGGAGGAGAAGGCGGCAAAGAGCUUCCUAGGGUUAGAGGCAGAUGCUUGGAAUUUAGAGUGGUAGAAAGUGGCUUUAGCAGCAGAAACAGAGGAAGAAAAUGUAGAGAGGAGGGAGUGAAAAGAUACCAGGUCCGCAGGGAGUCUAGUUUUCCUCCAUUUCCGCUCGGCUGCCCGGAGCCCUGUUCUGUGAGCUCGCAAUGUGUCGUCAAGCCACGGAGCAGGAGGGGAGGACCGAGCCGGCCGGGAGGAUAGGGGACAUAGAGAGUCAAAGGAUGCAGAAAUGGAGGAGAGGAGGGUUGAGGAGGCAGAAUCAGGAGAUUGGAGGGAGAAGGAUUGAGCAGAGGGAAGAGAUGAUAGGAUGGAAGAGGAGAGAGUAGCGGGAGAGAAAAGUAGGGGCAGAGUGAGUAGUGUUGGAGGAGAGCGAGAGAGAAAAGGAUACAAAGUAGUGGUCGGAGACUUGGAGGGGAGUUGCAGUGAGAUUAGUAGAAGAACAGCAUCUAGUAAAGAUGAGGUCAAGCGUAUUGCCUGCCUUGUGAGUAGGGGGGGACGGUGAGAGGGUGAGGUCAAAAGAGGAGAGGAGUGGAAAGAAGGAGGCAUAGAGAAAUGAGUCAAAGGUAGACGUAGGGAGGUUAAAGUCGCCCAGAACUGUGAGGGGAGAACCAUCCUCAGGAAAGGAACUUAUCAAGGUGUCAAGCUCAUUGAUGAACUCUCCAAGGGAACCUGGAGGGCGAUAAAUGAUACGGAUGUUAAGCUUGAAUGGGCUAGUGACUGUGACAGCAUGGAAUUCAAAUGAGGAGAUAGACAGAUGGGUCAGGGGAGAAAGAGAGAAUGUCCACUUGGGAGAGAUGAGGAUUCCUGUGCCACCACCCCGCUGACCAGAUGCUCUCCGGGUAUGCGAGAACACAUGGUCAGACGAGGAGAGAGCAGUAGGAGUAGCAGUGUUUUCUGUGGUAAUCCAUGAUUCCGUCAGUGCCAAGAAGUCGAGGGACUGGAGGGUAGCAUAGGCUGAGAUGAACUCUGACCUUGUUGGCCGCAGAACGGCAGUUCCAGAGGCUGCCGGAGACCUGGAACUCCACGUGGGUCGUGUGUGCAGGGACCACCAGGUUAGAGUGGCAGCAGCCACGUGGUGUGAGGCGUUUGUAUAGCCUGUGCUGAGAGGAGAGAACAGGGAUAGACAGACACAUAGUUGACAGGCUACAGAAAAUGGCUACAAUAAUGCACUCUAGAGCCCAUGUCUUUGAGUAAGGUCCUUUCAGGCCGUAGUAACUUAUUGAAGGAUUGUAGUUGUCCAAACUCAACGGUAGCAGUUGGAAUGUGUCUGUCUGAGUCAAUGAGUACAUCUCAGACUCCUGCUGCUUCAGUCACACUGGCUGAACUUGGGAUAGACACCAGCGUUCAGAACACAAUGGACGGACAGACAUAUGGGAGAGAUGGGACAAACGGAAAAGCCUGGAGGGCGGAGAAAGAAAGGAUGAUGACCUGGGUCAGAAGGAGGGAUCAGCGAAGGUGAAGAUGGAGGAGAGAGGUCACUGGGGCAGCAAGACAGAGUUUCUCCUGGCCGUAGCAGGGAACGUGGUGGGUCUAGGUAACGUGUGGAGGUUCCCCUACCUCUGCUACAAAAAUGGUGGAGGUGUGUCCAUGAAGGAGAGGGUGCCAAGGUUAUUCAAAUGAUGAUCAGCUGAACAAAUGAGCAACUUAGACCAUUUAAACCCCUGUUUUUAAACCUCUGUUUGUACAGAGCCAAUGUGUGUGUUUCAUUUAACAGACCAAGUACAGAGGUCACAAGACAAAGACAAGGUAUGGGAGUAUGGUAUUUCUCCUCUUGUUUCUAUAAGGUACUGUAAUAGCUAUCAUUUUGUUCUCGAGUAUUGAUUUGGUGGUGUGUAUUUCUCAGGGGCGUUCCUGGUGCCGUACCUGGUGUUUGUGGUGCCAUGCGGGGUGCCCUUGUUCCUGCUGGAGAUGGCCAUGGGACAGUACACUCAGGAGGGGGGCAUCACCUGCUGGAAGAGGCUGUGCCCACUGGCCGAGGGUGGGCACCAUGGCAACACGAUGACACCAUGAUAUGAAGAGUGUUUGAUCCAAUAUUAUAAAGAUUGUAAAUUGUAUGAGAGAGCGAGGAAAGCCAUGUGUUCGUAGUAUCACGAGUGAGUACUAGAAGGUCAGUGUGCCAAGAUAGAUUGGGGGGCCACACGAAACCAAGGAAAGGAAUGAUAUGGGCGUAGUUGAGUGACAAAUCAAUUAUGGUUAGCAACUGGAUAAGACAAAAGUAGACUGGAAGAGCACUAUAUAGGCUGAGAGAGAGUCACAUGAUAAGAGGCAAAGCACGUUAAUCUUAUUAUGUGAUCCAGUACUGAAUAAAUGUAGAGUCAAACUUCCAUCUGAGUGUCUGCUGCUUUCUCUUACAUCCUGCACUUAUUCAUACCAGAAACUCAUCAUAACACACCACCACCCACUGAGGAGUCACAUAGAAACAGGGCUGUAGACAGGACAGGCAGAAGGACAUAUGAAUACAUGAUGCUCAAACAAUUUAAAUUCAUCUGAAUUGGAAUGACGAACAGUGCAAUAAGGGUGGAUUUCCAAUUAAUCCUAAGUAAUGUAAUCCAAAUUGAAUCCAAUGUCUGAAUUUAAAAAAAAUAAUUGACCCAAACUCCUGACUACAACUGAAAGGAAAUCCCUCCCACAAUAGGACAUGUACUACUCUUUGUCACUGAGACAUCCAUGGCCUAGCUGUCUUCAGUAGAGCAGCUGUCAGCAAAGUCAAUGCUUUUUGAAGAGAUGGAAGAUGGGUAGGACUCUCACCCUGGGAUGGUGUUGGAAGGUGUCUUCUGUUUGUCUGAGCCUUGUUCCCCAACCUUUGGCAGAAAGAAAGUGUGGUAAUUCACUCUUGAUAAAGUUAGGGUUAGUUUAACAGCUGUCCAUUUGGGACCAUGCGAAAAUUAUCUGGUUGUACAGUCUGUCAAUGUGUCCCCCCUCUCAGGUAUCGGCUAUGCAGGGCAGUUGAUCCUCCUGUACAGCUGUAUGUGUUACAUCAUCAUCCUGGCCUGGGCUCUGUUCUACCCGGUCUCCUCCUUCAGCGCUCAGCUCCCCUGGACCAGCUGCACCAACCCCAGGAACACUGGUACGUACCCUGGGCCGGCAGCACCAACCCCUGGAACACUGGUACGUACCCUGGGCCGGCAGCACCAACCCCUGGAACACUGGUAGGUACCCUGGGCCGGCAGCACCAACCCCUGGAACACUGGUAGGUACCCUGGGCCGGCAGCACCAACCCCUGGAACACUGGUACGUACCCUGGGCCGGCAGCACCAAUCCCUGGAACACUGGUACGUACCCUGGGCCACGUUAUAGGUACUAUAAAUACAAAAGUAUGUGGACACCCCUUCAAAUUAGUGGAUUUGGCUAUUUCAUCCACACCCAUUGCUGACAGGUGUAUAAAAUCGAGCACACAGCCAUGCAAUCUCCAUAAACAAGCAUUGGCAGUAGAAUGGCCUUACUGAAGAGCUCAGUGACUUUCAACGUGGCACCAUGAUAGGAUGCCACCUUUCCAACAAGUCAGUUGGUCAAAUUUCUGCCCUGCUAGAGCUGCCCCGGUCAACUGUAAGUGCUGUUAUUGUGAAGUGGAAACGUCUAGGAGCAACAACAGCUCAGCCGCGAAGUGGUAAGCCACACAAGCUCACAGAGUGGGACCACCGAGUGCUGAAGCGCGUAGCGUGUAAACAUUGUCUGUCGUUGGUUGCAACACCCACUACUGAGUUCCAAACUGCCUCUGGAAGCAACGUCAGCACAAUAACUGUUUGUGGGGAGCUUCAUGAAAUGGUUUCCAUGGCCAAGCAGCCGCACACAAGCCUAAGAUCACCAUGCGCAAUGCCAAUCGUCGUCUGGAGUGGUGUAAAGCUCGCCACCAUUGGACUCUGGAGCAGUGGAAACGCAUUCUCUGGAGUGAUGAAUCACGCUUCACCAUCUGGCAGUCCGACGGACUAAUCUGGGUUUGGCGGAUGCCAGGAGAACGCUACCUGGCCGAAUGCAUAGUGCCAACUGUAAAGUUUGGUGGAAUAGGAAUAAUGGUCUGGCACUGUUUUUCAUGGUUCGGGCUAGGCCCCUUAGUUUUAGUGAAGGGAAAUCUUAAUGCUACAGCAUACAAUGACAUUCUAGACAAUUCUGUGCUUCCAACUUUGUGGUAACCGUUUAGGGAAGGUCCUUUCCUGUUUCAGCAUGACAAUGCCCUCGUGCACAAAGCAAGGGCCAUACAGAAAUGAUUUGUCGACAUCGGUGUGGAAGAACUUCACUGGCCUGCACAGAGCCCUGACUUCAACCCAAUUGAACACCUUUGGGAUGAAUUGGAACGCCGACUGCGAGCCAGGCCUAAUUGUCCCCGACCUCACUAAUGCUCUUGUGGCUGAAUGGAAGCAAGUCCCUGCAGCAAUGUUCCAACAUCUAGUGGAAAGUCUUCCCAGAAGAGUGGAGGCUGUUAUAGCAGCAAAGGGGGGACCAACUCCAUAUUAAUGCCCAUGAUAUUUGAAUUAGAUGUUUGAUGAGAAGGUGUCCACAUACUUUUGGUCAUGUAGUGUAUGUAUUUUGACUCUUUUGUAACUUUCCCCAGGUCAUUGCUGUAAAUGAGAAUGUAUUCUCAGUCAACUCAAGUGGUAAAAUAAGGAAUACAAACAAAAUUAAUAUAAAGGGUGUUCUUUACCAUAAGAAUUGUUAGAGCAAGUUGUAAUUGUGAACAUUAUGUUCUCUCUACCCCAUUAGAUGACUGUGUUACUUCUCCUCUCAAACCAGACAGAUGAAAUCAACAUCUGCAGCCACUGAAUUCUGGGAUUAGGUUUACGGAUUCAACAUACCUUGAUCUUCCAGUUGGCCACAACAUUAAAGACCAGGGUCAUUUUGUCUACAGCUCCAACCAUCUCUUUCUCUAGGCUGCAUGUGCUGGUAAUCUGGGGAGUAUAGGGGAGGUGGGCAGUGUCAGGUGGGAGGUGCUGCUGUGUCUCACCCCUCUCUCUGUCUCACCCCUCUCUCGCCUCUCUCUCCCUCUCCCUGUCCCACCCCUCUCUCUGUCUCACCUCUCUCUCCUCUGUCUGUCUCUCCUUUGUCUCUCCCCGCUCUCUCACCCCACUCUGUCUCUCUCCCCUCUCUGUCUCUCACCCCUCUCUGUCUCUCACCCCUCUCUGUCUCUCACCUCUCUCAGUCCUCGUCACCGUUCUCUGUCUCCUCAACCCCUCUCGUCUCUCCCCUUCCUCUUUUCCUUUUCCCCCCCCCCCUGUCCCCCACACCCCCCUUUUGGGUUUUUCUCCCCCCAACCUCCCCGGGGGCCUCCCAAACCCCCCUGGGGGCCCCCCCCCCUCCCCUUUCCCCCCCUCGCCCCAACCCCCCGGGCCCCCCCUCCUCUUUGUCCUCCCACUUUUCCCUCCCCCCUCCUCCCUCUGUUGGGGGCCCCCCCGCCCCCUGGGGGUGUUUUUCCCCCCCCCCCCUCUCUUGUCUCCCCCCCCUCUCUGUCCUUUUCCCCUCCCUCCCCCCCUCUCCCCCCUCUUUCCUCUCCCCUCUCCCGUCUCUUCCCCCCUCUGCUCUCACCCCACCCCCCUUCUCCCACCUUUUUCCCGUCUCUCCCCCUUUUGUCUCUUCCCCUUUUCGGGCCCUCGCCCCUCUGGGCUCCCCCUCCUGUCUCCCCCCUCUCUGUCCCCCCCCUCUCUGUCUCUCAACCCCCCCCUGUCCUCAACCCCCCUGUUCCCACCCCCCUUUUUCCCUUCUGUCUCUUUUCCCCCUCCCCUUUCCCACCCCUCUCCUGUCCCCCCCCCUCCCCUGUCUUCCCCUUUGUCUCUCCCCCCCCUCUGUCCUCACCCCCCCUCUGUCUUCCCCCCCCUCUCUGGGCUUCACCCCCUCCUGUUUUCACCCCCCUCUGUCUCUUUUUCCCCCCCCUCUUUCCCCUCCCCCUCUCUUCCUUUUUCCCCCCGCUGGUCCUCCCCUCCUUUUUUCUUUCUCCCCCUCUUUCUUUUCCCUCUCUGUUCUUUUUUCCCCCUUUUCUUUAUUAACCCCCCUUUCUGUCUCUUUUCCCCCCCUCUUUCCCCCCCCCCUCUCUUGUCCCCCCUCCCCCCCUCUCUUUCUCUCCCCCCUUGUUCUCCCCCCCUUUUCUUCCCCCUCUGGGCCCACCCCUCCUGGGCCCUUCCCCCCCCUCCUUUUCUCUCCCCUCUCUGGGCUCUCCCCUCUCUGUUUCCCCUUUCCCCCCUUUUGUCUCUUCCCCCCAUUUCUCCCCCUCCUUUCCUCCCCUCUCUGUCUCUCCCCCCUCUCUGUCUCCUCCCCCCUUUGGGCUUUCCCCCCCCCUCUGUUCUCCCCCUCUCUGUCUUCCCCACCCCCUCUUUCUCAACCCCCUCUUUUUUCUCCCCUUUUUUCCCCACCCCUCUCUUUUCUCUCCCCCUCUCUUUCUUUCUCCCCCCUCGUCCCCUCUCCCCUCUCUGUUCUCACCCCCUCUGUCUCUCCCCCUCUCUGUCUCUCAAAAACCCCCCUCCCCUUUCUCAACCCCCCCCCUUCCCCUUUUCUCCCCCCCUCUUUUCCUUUUCCCUUUUCCCCUCCCUUCUCGCCUUUCCCCCUCUGUCCCCUUUUCCCCCCCCGCCCCCCCCCUUUUGUCUCUCCCCCUUCCCGUCUCUCAAACCCCCCUGUCUCACCCCCCUCUGUCUUUUUCCCCUUCUCUGUCUCUCACCCCCCCCUCCCGUUUCUCCCCCCCUUCCCCUUUUCCUCUGUCAAAACCUCCUCUAUCUCUCUAACACCCCCUCUGUCUCUCUCCCCCUCUCUGUCUCUCCCCUCUCUCUCUCUCUCCCCUCUCUGUGUUUCUCCCCUCUCUCUGUCUCACCCCUCUCUGUCUCCCCCCUCUGUCUCUCUCCUCUCUGCGUCUCUCCCCUCUCUGCGUCUCCAAAGAAUAAACACCAGCCUCUCCCGGGACUGUGCCCUGCGACCCAAUGUACACCUGGCCCACCAUCCCACCCUCGAUCUGGACUGUCUCUAUGACCAUGUUUACCCACACCUGGAGGAGCCACAGCCCGGAAGGCAGAGCUAUGCACAGGCUGUGAGAGGAGCAACUGGCCCAGCCCCCACCAAAGAAAUUAGUGACAUUAAACAAAUGCAAAAUGUGAUAGGCCGAGGGUCAUGGUAAGAUGAGCACAAGAACUCCACCAUCCUCACACUACAUCCACCCAAGUGGCAUGACACAAAUGCUAUCUUAAAUGAUAAACGAAUCACAUUUGCAUAUUAAGAGUUUAGGUUAAUUGAAAAAUCAUAUUUUAAUAGUUAUUGUUGGAUUGUGAGUGUUUAUCUAAUUUUGAAGGUAAAGAAAAAACAGUUAUGAAAUCUUUUUACGUUGCAUGUUGGAAUUUAUAAGGUUUGAAGUCCUCUGCUUUUGGGCUAAAGAGCAGAAACCCAGACUUCCUGAAAGAAAUGUAUGAUGUUGAUAUUGUAGUACUACAGGAAACAUGGUGCAGAAGUGAUGUUUCCACUAGCUGUCCACUAGAUUAUAGGGAGAUAAUCGUACCAUCCACCAAAUUAAAAGGAACCACACAGGGCAGAGACUCAGGGGGAAUGCUAAUAUGGUCUAAAUCUGAACUAACUCAUUCAAUCGAAUUGAUCAAAACAGGAGAAUUCUUUAUCUGGUUAUUUUAAGGCUAUUUUAACAGAUAGAAACGUCUUCCUCUGUGCCACAUACAUUCCCCUCAGAGUCACCCUACUUCAAUGAAGAGAGUUUCUCCAUUCUAGAGGGGGAGAUUAGUCACUUUCAGGCCCAAGGCAAUGUACUGGUCUGUGGAGACCUGAAUGCUACAACAGCAGAAGAACUAGACACUUUUAACAGUCAUGGGGACAAACACCUACCGGGAAGCAACAACAUUUCCCUCCCCACAUACCCCCCAGAAACAACAAUGACAAAGUGAAAAACAAAAAUGGAGUACAGCUCCUGAAGCUCUGUCGAACACUGGGUCUGUACAUAGUCAAUGAUAGGCUAAGAGGGGACUCUUUUGGUAGGUACACCUACAGCUCAUCCCUUGGCAGCAGUACCGUAGACUACUUAAUCACCGACCUCAACCCAGAGUCUCUCGGAGCCUUCACAGUCAGCCCACUAACACCUCUCUCAGACCACAGUAAAAUCACAAUGUAUCUGAGAAGAGCAGAACCCAACCAUGAGGCAUCACGGCCCAAUAAAUUACAUGGUACUAAACAGGCCUAUAGAUGGAGUGCAAACAGUACAGAAAUCUACCAAAAAGCAAUUAGUAGCCAAAAAAUACAAUCUCUCCUUGAUAACUUUUUAGCCUUAACAUUCUCCUACAGCAAUGAAGGUGUAAAUUUGGCCGUUUGGAACAUAAACUUUAUUUUUGACAAAUUAGUCUCCUUGGCUAAUCUAAAUCUAAAGAAACAUAAGAGCAAACCAAAAAGAAUAGAUAAUGAAAAAUGGUUUGAUAAUGAUUGCAAAAAUCUAAGAAAGCCAUUGAGAAAUUUAUCUAAUCAAAAACACAGAGACCCAGACAACAAAAAUAUGCCUUCAAUAUGGGGAAACACUGAAGCAAUACAAACACACCCUAAGAACAAAAAAGGAACAGCACAUUAGAAAUCAGCUGGAUGUAAUUGAGGAAUGCAUAGAAUCAAACCACUUCUGGGAGAAUUUGAAUAAAUUAAACAAACCUCAUCAUGAGGAAUUGGCCAUCCAAAAUGGGGAUAUGUGGAGAAAUCACUUUGCAAACCUCUACAGCAAUAUAACAAAGAGCCCAGAACAAUAAGAUAUACAAGAAUAAUUACAAAUCCUUGAAUCAGCAGUCAAAGACUAUCAGAAUCCUGUGGAUACCCCAAAUACAGAACAAGAAUAAUUGGAAAAACUAUGCUCCUGUGGUGCUGAUGGUAUUUUAAAUGAAAUGAUCAAAUAUACAGACACAAAUUCAAAUUGGCUAUACUCAAACUCUUCAACAUUAUCCUCACUGCAUGUAUUUUCCCUGAUAUUUGGAACCAAGGAUUGAGCACACCAAUCUAUAAAAAUGGAGACAAAUUUGACCCAAAUAAUUACAGGAAUUUGCGUUAACACCAACUUGGGGAAAAUUCUCUGCAGUAUCAUAAAUAGUAUUUCCUUGAUGAACACAACAUCCUAAUCAGAAGCCAGAUUGGUAUUUUUUAAAAUUAUUGUACAACAGAUCAUAUUUAGACCCUCCACACUCUAAUUGACAAACAAGUAAACCAAAACAUAGGCAAAAUCUACUCGUGUUUGUAGACUUCAAUAAAGCAUUUGAUUCAAUUUGGCACAAAGGUAUUUUUUUAUAAACUAAUAGAAAGUGGUAUUGGAGGGAAAACAUAUGAUGUUAUUAAAUCAAUGUACACUAAAAACAAAUGUGCGGUUAAAAUUGGAAACAAGCAAACAGACUUCUUCUCUCAGGGACGUGGAGUGAAACAGGGCUGCCCAAUAAGUACAACACUAUUUAACAUCUACAUUAAUGAAUUGGAAAAAACAUUAGAAGAAUCGGCAGCACCUGGUCUCACCCUACACAACACUGAAAUCAAGUGUAUGAUGUACGCAGAUGACCUGGUGCUACUGUUUCCCACUAAGGAGCGGUUACAGCAGCAUCUAGAUCAUCUGCACAGGUUCUGUCAGACCUGGGCUCUGACCGUUAAUCUAAAAAAAACAAAUAUAAUGUUAUUCCAAAAAAGGUCAGGAAAUCAGGAUGACAAAUAUAAAUUCUAUUUGGACACAGUUCUAUUAGAACACACCAAAAACUACACGUAUCUAGGACUAAAUAUCAGCAACACAGGUAGCUUUCACAUGGCUGUGAAUGAGCUGAGAGACAAUGCAAAAAGAUAAUUCUAUGCCAUUAAAAGGAACAUUAAAAUCAAAAUUCCAAUUAGAAUCUGGCUAAAACAUUUCCUAUCAGUUAUAGAACCAAUUGCUCUAUAUGGCAGCGAAGUAUGGGGUCCGCUCUCUAAUAAUGAAUUUACCAAAUGGGACAAACAUCCAAUCGAAAUACUGCAUGCAGAGUUUUGCAGGACUGUAUUGCAAGUGCAAAGAAAAACUCAAAAUAACGCAUGUAGAGCAGAAUUGGACCAAUACCCCCUCCUUAUUCGAAUAGAAAAAAGAGCCAUCAAAUUUUACAACCAUCUAAAAACAAGUGACCCCAAAACAUACCAUCACACAGCCAGCUGGUUCUGAGACUCAGUUCACUAACCCAAACCAACCUCAUAGAGCCUCAGGACAGCACUCAGAAAAUCUGGCCCAACCAAAUUAUCACAAAGCAAAAAGAAAAAUAUAUCACCUAUUGGAAAGACACCACAAAAAAUGAAAGUAAACUUCAAUGCUAUUUGGCUCUAAACAGACAGUCUGCCACCAUGUACUAUCUGACUACUCUGAUAGAAAACUGAGGAAAACACUGACUAGGUACAGGCUCAGUGAGCACAGUCUGGCUAUAGAGACCGGUCGUCACAGGCGAACCUGGCUGCCCAGAGAGGACAGGCUGUGCUCACUCUGCUCCAGGGGAGAGGUAGAGACAGAGCUGCAUUUCCUAUUACACUGUGACAUAUACUCAGACCUAAGAGAAUAUUUAUUUUCCAAAAUUAUCAUUCAGUACAAAGAUUUUGAAACUAUCAAAUAUUUAUUGGGUGAAAAGCCAAAAUGUGCAGUUUUGGCAGCCAAAUAGUUGUACUUGUCACGAUCGUUGAGAGACGGGUCAGACCAAGGUGCAGCGUGCGAUGUGAACAUGUUCAUUUAACUCAAAUAAACUCAUGACAAAACAACAAAACAACGUAACCCCACAGGGGGUAUGACAUUUUUUUAAUGUAUGCACUAACUAACUGUAAGUCGCUCAGGAUAAGAGCGUCUGCUAAAUGACUAAAAUGUAAAUGUAACGUGAAGUCCAAGGCUGUACACAAUACAAGCCUAACACAGGAACAAGAUCCCACAACUAAGGUAGGCAAACAGGCUACUUAAGUAUGAUCCCCAAUCAGAGACAACGAGAUGUCUCUGAUUGGGAAUCACACCCGGCCAAACAUAGAAACACAAUACCUAGAUCCUAAACAGAGAGAUACAUCACAUAGAUUUCCACACCCUGACUCAACAUACAAGAGUUCCAUACGUCAGGGCGUGACAGUCCUCCUGUCACAACCUGAGGGACAGCCAGUGAAAAGUGUAAUGUAAUGUUAAUAAUAUUUCCUGUUUUGUUUUGGCUUUCAAACCAUGUCAUGUGUCCUCUCAGUCAUGUUGAGACUGGUCGACUACUAUUGCUGUAAUGUAUUGUUAUUCUCGUUAAUAUUGUUGUUGUAGUUAAUGGUAAUCCCCAUUUACACUACUACUGUUACAGUGGGGGGAAAAAAUAUUUAGUCAGCCACCAAUUGUGUAAGUUCUCCCACUUAAAAAGAUGAGAGAGGCCUGUAAUUUUCAUCAUAGGUACACGUCAACUAUGACAGGCAAAAUGAGAUUUUUUUUCUCCAGAAAAUCACAUUGUAGGAUUUGUUAUGAAUUUAUUUGCAAAUUAUGGUGGAAAAUAAGUAUUUGGUCAAUAACAAAAGUUUCUCAAUACUUAGAUAUAUACCCUUUGUUGGCAAUGACACAGGUCAAACGUUUUCUGUAAGUCUUCACAAGGUUUUCACACACUGUUGCUGGUAUUUUGGCCCAUUCCUCCAUGCAGAUCUCCUCUAGAGCAGUGAUGUUUUGGGGCUGUCGCUGGGCAACACAGACUUUCAACUCCCUCCAAAGAUUUUCUAUGGGGUUGAGAUCUGGAGACUGGCUAGGCCACUCCAGGACCUUGAAAUGCUUCUUACGAAGCCACUCCUUCGUUGCCCGGGCGGUGUGUUUGGGAUCAUUGUCAUGCUGAAAGACCCAGCCACGUUUCAUCUGUUGAUGGAAGGAGGUUUUCACUCAAAAUCUCACGAUACAUGGCCCCAUUCAUUCUUUCCUUUACACGGAUCAGUCGUCCUGGUCCCUUUGCAGAAAAACAGCCCCGAAGCAUGAUGUCUCCACCCCCAUGCUUCACAGUAGGUAUGGUGUUCUUUGGAUGCAACUCAGCAUUCUUUGUCCUCCAAACACGACGAGUUGAGUUUUUACCAAAAAGUUAUAUUUUGGUUUCAUCUGACCAUAUGACAUUCUCCCAAUCCUCUUCUGGAUCAUCCAAAUGCACUCUAGCAAACUUCAGACGGGCCUGGACAUGUACUGGCUUAAGCAGGGGGACACGUCUGGCACUGCAGGAUUUGAGUCCCUGGCUUUGUUACUUUGGUCCCAGCUCUCUGCAGGUCAUUCACUAGGUCCCCCCGUGUGGUUCUGGGAUUUUUGCUCACCGUUCUUGUGAUCAUUUUGACCCCACGGGGUGAGAUCUUGCGUGGAGCCCCAGAUCGAGGGAGAUUAUCAGUGGUCUUGUAUGUCUUCCAUUUCCUAAUAAUUGCUCCCACAGUUGAUUUCUUCAAACCAAGCUGCUUACCUAUUGCAGAUUCAGUCUUCCCAGCCUGGUGCAGGUCUACAAUUUUGUUUCUGGUGUCCUUUGACAGCUCUUUGGUCUUGGCCAUAGUGGAGUUUGGAGUGUGACUGUUUGAGGUUGUGGACAGGUGUCUUUUAUACUGAUAACAAGUUCAAACAGGUGUCAUUAAUACAGGUAACGAGUGGAGGACAGAGGAGCCUCUUAAAGAAGAAGUUACAGGUCUGUGAGAGCCAGAAAUCUUGCUUGUUUGUAGGUGACCAAAUACUUAUUUUCCACCAUAAUUUGCAAAUAAAUUCAUUAAAAAUCCUACAAUGUGAUUUUCUGGAGAGAAAAAAAAUCUAAAUUUGUCUGUCAUAGUUGACGUGUACCUAUGAUGAAAAUUACAGGCCUCUCUCAUCUUUUUAAGUGGGAGAACUUGCACAAUUGGUGGCUGACUAAAUACUUUUUUUCCCCACUGUAUUAUUGCUGUUGGUCCCACCAUUUUUGUUAUAUGUAUACUUUGACAAUGUAAGUCAUUUAACUUGCCAUGUCUAUAAAGUCUAAUGAAUUGAAUUGAAUUAGAGAGAGAGAAAGAGAGAGAAUAUUGUGUUCCAGAUCUCUAGCUGUGAUCUACUUAAAGAGAGUGGUCGUCCUAUUCACACCUCUCUUCUCCUGUCCCCAGGGUGGGAUGUAUGUGUUCCAGCUGUUUGACUACUACGCCUGUAACAGAACCUGUCUGCUGUUCCUCUCUGUGUUCGAGUCCCUGGCCAUAGGAUGGAUAUUUGGUGAGGCUGAUAUGAACUAA